AUGGGUCUUGUUUAUGAUGAACAGAAGAAAUACAUGAAAGCAUUGGAAUUUUAUCAAAAAUCAUUGAGUAUUCGUCAAAUAUUUCUUCCUGCACUACAUCCACAUAGUGGACAUUCACAUAAUAAUAUUGGUGCUGUUUAUCAUCCCUUAGGUAAUUAUGAUCGAGCAUUGAAACAUUAUCAAUUCUCACUUGAUAUAAAAUCUAAAUCUCUUCCUUCUGAACAUCUUUCUAUUAUUGUUACACUUGAAAAUAUUGGUAUUUUACAUGAAAAGAAAGGAGAUUUUCAAUAA